AUAAAACAGGCUGUGGUGACAACAAACAGCCAGAACAGGACCGGCAGCAGCUGCAAACCCGCUUGGCUCCUAGAACAGCAGCACAGCCCUCUCCAGCGUGGUUCAGCUCCACACCCAGCCAAAUGGGCAGCCUAUUCAGAACAAUGGGCAUGUGACCUCCAUGUGAUCUUCCAGUCUCUCCAGAAGCCUAUUGUGAAGAAACCUUUCAAGGGAUCCUACAAGAAGCAAGGGAAAAGUGACCAGAGGAAGUGGACAGGCAUCCCUACACUAUGGUAGCAAGAAACAAUGCAGGCAGCAGGAUGGGUCUGCUGCAACAGAGGUGUAACGAGAACCUGCUCUGUGUGCUGACUUUACUGGAGAUGGUUGGGACCACGGCCUUGAUGACCUACGCACUGCUGUUCGAAGCUGGAAACCUGGUGAACCUCCCUCACAAAUGGAUUGGCUUUUACAACUUCUGCCUGUGGAAUGAUUCAGCUGGGGAGCGACAGUGCCUUAAAGACAGCAAUGAUCUACAGGCAAUGGGCAUCAGUCCACAUGGAAUGGCACUAGCCGCAGUUUGUGUGUAUGCCUCCCUGGUCCCCAUCCCCUUCCACAUCAUUUAUCUUUUAUUUAUGAAAUGCCCAUGGCAGAGAGGGGAAUGGAAGUGGAUUGGCAUCAUAGCCUUCAUCGAGAUGAUAAUCUUGUCUCUAGGCCUGGCUAUACUUCUUUUACAAACCUUACGGUGGAUUCAUCUCUCCGAUUUCACUGGAGGCUUCUGGGCACUGCUUGCGAGUCUGGUUCUGCUACUGCUCCAGAUUCUCACUGCUGUGCACCUCAGGUGGGCCAAGCAAAAGACUGCCUAAGACACCUAACUGAGGAGGCCCUGCCCACUAAGAUUUGACAGUGAAUGCAAGAGCUAUUGGUAGCAUGAUUUAAAAUAGUCAUCCAAAUACAGAUUUACUUCCUAGAAAAAAUCUGAUUCCCACUCCAAAGGCUCAUGUCAAGCCAUGUGCUGGCACAUUGCUGUGUGCAGCACUCCUGCAUCAAGCUGGUAGCAGACUCCAGCAGCCAGAGCACAGAAACUUCUGAGGUAAAACAGUGCGUAAAAAACUCAGUUUGGGGCACAGCAUCAAAGUGACAGCACUUCUGGCCCCAAAGAGCAGUGAAGGUAGCAAAACCAGCACACAAUGGACACAGCCCUCAGACCAUGCCUAGUCUAAGGUAAAAACGUUGCUAGUAUCUCAUAGGAUCACAUAGGAUGUGAUAUCUGUAACUAACAAAAUGCUUUUAACACCUUUUGCCAUACCAUGUAACAAAGAUAAAGGGAGUUUAAAAACAGGAUCUGUAGAUUAUGUUUAACUAGGAACUAACAAAUGUUCAGGAAAAUGUAACCAAAUAGGUAAUUUCUUUGUAAGCAGACAGGAUAUAUCAAUUAAAGUAAAUAAGCAGCCAACCAAACUUCAAAUCUGUGAAGAAAGCUACUAGGACAACACAGAAAUAACACCAGAAAGAUCCAGUUUUGUAGUUUGAAAAGAUAACAGACUGAGCAUGCACCAAUUAAGAAAGUGCAAUAAAAGGACAAGUGAGGAAGACGAUUGAACGACCACCAAAACCCCCAAAGGGGUUGUAAUAACCUCUAAAGGACACUAGAUGGCAGAAAAGGCUGAAAUAGUUAACUUCAUAUAAUAUUUUUUCAAAAUAGGCAUUUUAUGUUACUGAUUGGUCUGUGCAGUAAGUAUGUAACAGCCUUGUAAAUAUAAACUGCAUGAAUUCAUCCAGUGGCUGGGAGAACUUAUGCAAAUAAAGAACACCUGCUUAACAGUGA